CCCAGAAAGUGAGACCGCGGCCGCGGUGUCCGCAGAGGACUGCUAGGAGUGACUUCGGGAGGGCGAGAGCUGGCUCCCGGGCCGCGGCGCUGAAGUUUCCUGCCCGCCGAGCUCCCCGCGCUGCCGGCGUCCCGGGCCAUGCUGGAGCGCUGGGGCCGCGCGGCAGCAUGAAGGGCAGCGAGCGGGUUUACUCCCGAGGUCCCGCUCUGGGGUGGCUCUUUGCCAGGUGCUGCUGUUGUUUCCCGUGCAGAGAUGCAUACUCUCACUCCUCAAGUGAAAAUGGAGGCAAGUCCGAGUCCGUGGCCAACCUGCAGGCUCAGCCCUCCCUGAACUCCAUCCAUAGCUCCCCCGGCCCCAAACGCUCCACCAACACCCUUAAGAAGUGGCUGACAAGUCCUGUGCGCCGGCUGAACAGUGGGAAAGCAGACGGAAACAUCAAGAAGCAGAAGAAAGUGCGUGAUGGUCGGAAGAGCUUUGACCUGGGAUCUCCCAAGCCUGGUGAUGAGACGACCCCUCAGGGAGACAGUGCUGAUGAGAAGAGCAAGAAAGGUUGGGGUGAAGAUGAGCCAGAUGAAGAAUCACAUACCCCACUCCCUCCACCUAUGAAGAUCUUUGACAAUGACCCUGCACAGGAUGAGAUGUCCUCCUCUUUGCUAGCAGCCCGGCAGGCUUCCAGCGAAGUGCCUACUGCUGCAGACCUUGUCAGUGCAAUAGAGCAGUUGGUCAAAAGCAAGCUGAGCCUAGAAGGAGGCUCAUUCCGGGGGAGCCUGAAAGACCCAGCAGGCUGCCUGAGUGAGGGGAUGGCGCCGCCCACACCUGCUAGAAACCUGGAAGAAGAGCAGAAAGCCAAGGCCCUGCGAGGCAGGAUGUUCGUCCUGAAUGAGCUGGUGCAGACUGAGAAAGACUACGUCAAGGAUCUGGGCAUUGUGGUGGAGGGCUUCAUGAAGAGAAUAGAAGAAAAGGGCGUCCCUGAGGACAUGCGAGGAAAGGACAAAAUUGUGUUUGGAAAUAUUCACCAGAUUUAUGAUUGGCAUAAGGAUUUUUUCCUGGCUGAACUGGAAAAAUGCAUCCAGGAGCAGGACAAAUUGGCACAGCUCUUCAUUAAACACGAGCGGAAGCUGCACAUCUACGUGUGGUACUGCCAGAACAAGCCGCGCUCGGAGUACAUCGUCGCUGAGUACGACGCCUACUUUGAAGAGGUGAAACAGGAGAUAAAUCAAAGGCUGACGCUUAGUGACUUCCUCAUCAAGCCCAUUCAGAGAAUAACAAAAUAUCAGUUGCUCCUGAAGGACUUCCUGCGAUACAGCGAGAAGGCGGGGUUGGAGUGCUCAGAUGUCCAGAAAGCCGUGGAGUUAAUGUGCCUUGUUCCAAAACGCUGCAAUGAUAUGAUGAAUCUGGGACGCCUGCAGGGCUUUGAGGGCACCCUGACUGCUCAGGGGAAGCUGCUGCAGCAGGACACGUUCUAUGUGAUUGAGCUGGAUGCAGGCAUGCAGUCCCGGACCAAGGAGAGGCGUGUGUUCCUCUUUGAGCAAAUUGUCAUCUUCAGUGAACUGCUCAGGAAGGGAUCUCUUACCCCAGGCUACAUGUUCAAAAGGAGCAUCAAGAUGAAUUACUUGGUCCUGGAGGAGAACGUGGACAAUGACCCCUGCAAGUUUGCGCUCAUGAACAGGGAAACUUCAGAGAGGGUCAUUCUGCAAGCCGCCAACGCUGACAUCCAGCAGGCCUGGGUGCAGGACAUCAAUCAAGUCUUAGAAACACAGAGAGACUUCUUAAAUGCACUGCAGUCGCCCAUCGAGUACCAGCGGAAGGAGAGGAGCGUGGCUGUGAUGCGGCCCCAGCCUGCUAGGGCGCCCCAGGCCAGCCCCAGGCCCUACUCCUCUGUCCCUGUGGGCUCUGAGAAGCCCCCAAAGGGCCCCAGCUAUAACCCGCCUCUGCCACCCCUGAAGAUAUCUACCUCCAAUGGCAAUCCAGGGUUUGACUACCACCAGCCUGGGGACAAGUUUGAGGCCAGCAAGCAGAGUGACCUGGGAGGCUGCAAUGGGACUUCGUCCAUGGCCGUGAUCAAAGAUUACUAUGCACUGAAGGAGAAUGAAAUCUCUGUGAGCCAAGGUGAGGUGGUCCAGGUCCUCGCCGUCAACCAGCAGAACAUGUGCCUGGUGUACCAGCCUGCCAGCGACCAUUCGCCCGCGGCCGAGGGCUGGGUCCCAGGCAGCAUCCUGGCACCCCUCACCAAAGCCACGGCAGCGGCAGAAAGUAGUGACGGGAGCAUCAAGAAGUCAUGUUCAUGGCAUACUCUACGCAUGAGAAAGCGGGCGGAAGUGGAGAGCACGGGUAAAAAUGAAGCCACAGGGUCUCGUAAACCCAAGGAUAUUCUGGGCAGCAAAGUCUCUGUUAAAGAGACGAACAGUUCCGAGGAGUCAGAGUGUGAUGAUCUUGACCCUAAUACUAGCAUGGAGAUCUUAAAUCCAAAUUUCAUCCAAGAAGUGGCCCCAGAGUUCCUUGUGCCCUUAGUGGAUGUGACCUGCUUGCUUGGGGACACGGUGACACUGCAGUGCAAGGUCUGUGGGCGACCAAAGCCCACCAUCACCUGGAAGGGUCCCGACCAGAGCAUCCUCGACACUGACAGCAGCUCGGCCACAUACAGCCUGUCCUCCUGUGACUCCGGGGAGAUCACCCUGAAGAUCUGUAAUCUGAUGCCCCAGGACAGUGGGAUUUAUACCUGCAUCGCCACCAACGACCACGGGACCACGUCGACGUCCGCGGCAGUUAAAGUACAAGGUGUCCCAGCGGCCCCUAACCGCCCCAUCGCCCAGGAGAGAAGCUGCACCUCCGUGAUUCUCCGCUGGCUGCCCCCGUCCAGCACGGGAAACUGCACUAUUUCCGGUUACACCGUGGAGUACAGAGAGGAAGGUUCCCAGGCCUGGCAGCAGUCGGUGGCUUCGACCUUGGACACCUACCUUGUCAUUGAAGACCUCAGUCCCGGGAGUCCUUACCAGUUCCGAGUCAGUGCCAGUAACCCCUGGGGGAUCAGCCUUCCCAGUGAGCCCUCGGAGUUCGUGAGACUUCCAGAAUACGAUGCUGCUGCCGACGGGGCCACCAUUUCCUGGAAGGAAAAUUUUGAUUCGGCUUACACUGAGCUGAAUGAGAUCGGAAGAGGCCGUUUCUCCAUAGUAAAGAAGUGCAUUCACAAAGCUACCCGCAAAGAUGUUGCUGUGAAGUUUGUUAGCAAAAAAAUGAAGAAAAAGGAGCAGGCUGCCCACGAGGCUGCCCUGCUGCAGCACCUGCAGCACCCGCAGUACGUCACCCUCCACGACACCUACGAGUCUCCCACGUCCUACAUCCUGAUUCUGGAGCUGAUGGAUGAUGGGCGGCUCUUAGACUACCUUAUGAAUCACGAUGAGCUCAUGGAAGAGAAGGUAGCUUUCUACAUCCGGGACAUCAUGGAGGCCCUGCAGUACCUUCACAACUGCAGGGUUGCUCACUUGGACAUCAAGCCCGAGAACCUGCUCAUUGACCUGCGGAUUCCAGUGCCUCGGGUGAAGCUCAUCGACCUGGAGGACGCUGUCCAGAUCUCAGGGCACUUCCACAUCCACCACCUGCUGGGGAACCCUGAGUUCGCUGCCCCGGAGGUGAUCCAGGGCAUCCCUGUGUCCCUGGGCACCGACAUCUGGAGCAUCGGGGUGCUGACGUACGUCAUGCUGAGUGGAGUCUCCCCCUUCUUGGAUGAGAGCAAAGAGGAGACGUGUAUCAAUGUAUGCAGGGUGGACUUCAGCUUCCCCCAUGAGUACUUCUGUGGCGUGAGCAACGCCGCCAGAGAUUUCAUCAAUGUGAUCCUGCAGGAAGACUUCCGGAGGCGGCCCACAGCAGCCACCUGCCUCCAGCACCCGUGGCUGCAGCCCCACAGCGGCAGCUACUCCAAGAUCCCUCUGGACACCUCCCGCCUGGCCUGCUUCAUAGAACGCCGCAAGCACCAGAACGACGUGCGGCCUAUUCCCAACGUCAAGAGCUACAUCGUCAGCCGGGUCAACCAGGGGACGUAGCCAUUGAGGUUACGUCCCAGCCCUUGAGGUUUCACAUGGAAGCGCAGUGUGAGCCAAAGCAAGACUGAAUGUGUCUGUAAAUAAUUCUGUUCAUUAUUUCACUCCAUGCAGUUCUCUGGAUUGAGAGAUGGCCCCUCUUAAACCUCGUCAGUGGUUAUUCAGGGUCUGAGGUAAAAUCACCCGAGACCCAGGGCUUUCCAGAAGGUCGUUCACAAGAGAUAAAGGAGAAAGUCACAGAGAGUAUUACAAAGAGGGCCAAGGAUAACAAGAAUGUUAGCUGUCACAAAACGUUAAUUGUGCAUUCCCAAAUGAGUGGGUAAGUGGGCAAAACUUCAGCUCAUUGUGGUGAGUAUCAGUGCUGAAAUUUCAAGCAAAAAGUUCUAUUUAACAGAGAUGUCAAGUAUGCCAACCGUUCUGGUUUACAUUACUUAUAGUUUCUUAAUAAGAUUAAUAUACACACACAGUAAAACAUAUGCCAUUCAGAUUUCAGAGUUUUAUAAUAGAGAGAUAUAUAUGAAAUCAAUCAAAGUGACUUUUUAGUGCUCCAGUUAAGACAGUAAUUUAUCUGCCGAAGCAUUACAUUGUUUUGACUAAGCACAAUUAGAUGACAAGAUUUUUAGAGUAUUUUAUAAAUCCUAUAUAGAAAUCUUUACCAGAACCUGUGCAUUAAGAGAAAGCAGUUCCCCUUUUGAAAUCUGUGAGCUAGAGUUUUCUCUCAGUCACAGGCAUCUGACUAACACAGGUUCUGUACGUGAAAUGCUGUUCCCAAAUCCACUGGCAGCUCAGAGUCAGCCUGGCAGGAAAGCCUGCUGGGAAUUAAGUCCGAAUUACGGUGAGAGUCGUGAGCUCUUUUUAUGCCUACACUUGGUUGGAAGUUCAUAGCGAAUAUAACAGAUUCGCGCAAAAGGGCAAACAAAACCUUUUCCACAGUUCCUCUGAACACCUAAGGACACUUUCUGCUGUCCUCUACGGCUGUAGAACUCAGUCCUCAGACAGCUGGUCUACCUGAUUUCUAACCCUCGUGGAAGCUAAUGGGUGCUCACCAAAAGGAGGCAGCCAUAUAGGCCUUUUAAAGGCCUGGUCCCAAGUCCUUUUCGAAGCCAUGGAAUAGAAUCUGCUACAUCACCCGGAGAGAGCAUUGAAUUUUAACUGCAAUUGCACUGCCUACCACCACCCAGCCAUCAGUAUUUCCCGGCACUGAAAGGACUAAUUGCACUUUGAGGCCAACGCUGCUUGCUGGUGUGCGUUCUCCACACUAGAUGCCUGCUAACUGCCCUUUUUUUCUGCUAGUGGAAGAACAGUUAAACCUGAGCAUUUCAUGUGUUUUCUUUCUUUGUUUUGGAAUGCAUUUUUGUUUUUGUGUUUGUCCGUGAUCCACUCUUUGUUUUCUAAAGUGUGUUUUGAAACUUGCAGUUAUGCAAAUAAUAUUUUAAAAACGUAACUCGAGUGUUUGUCCACGUCAGGUUGAAUGGCAUUGCUUCUCUCCUGUGAUAGGAUUAAGAACAUUGAAAUCAGGCAGCACGGAAAUGCAAGCACAGAGCUGAUGAAGGGUAGAUAGAACUACAGACUUAGUUCAAUGAAAAAAAAUUUUGGAAACUGAGCCUGAACUUGCAUAUGUAAAAACACUUAUUUCCACCGUGGAAAUGUAGAAUUGAAAACACUCAUCAUUCUUUCCCACUGAUUUCAAAGUCACCUUCCUCAUCUACCCUCCAAUUCAUCCCAUCCAAGGUUAUAAGUUAAUAAAUUAAUGGAAAGUAUAAGCAAUAAGACUAGAUAGCACUUCGUGUUUUCAGAAUUAACCAAAUAUGCGGAGACUGACUUUGACUAUAUAUGUUUCCUAGUUUUCAAAUGGCCCAGGGCCAUCAAGGAUCCCUUCCUCAGAGAGCUCUCUUGACUAACCCUCCAUAGUCUUCAUUCAAAAAGAAAUGUAUACACAAAUGCUAUAUGACGUAAUAUUUUAAAUUGUAAAACAAUUUACUAAAAACUCUCUUAGCAAUCAUGUCUUCAUUACAAGACAUAUCAUAAAAGAAGAAAGCCUGGUGCCCUGGCUGGUAUGUGAUAGAGUACAGGCCUUGGGGGGGGGUCCAGAUAGCCACCUAGUGGUAAGUGUGGCUCAGCAAGUUCCCUUCUGUCCGCAGGGGACAGUGACUAAAGAGCCCCCUGCUGAGCCAUUUGGAGUGUUUAUGACCAUGCAGGAGGCAAAGCUGAGUUUCUGCCUGGGAAGGGUAGGGCCUAGGACAGUGGUGCAGACAGCACAGGGGAGUGUUAAUGGGGCUGUGUGGUGAGGAGGCAGCUGACAGAAUGUUGGAGCCAAAGCUUUUGUAUCAGCUUUCACAGCAGAGUGCGGAUGAUCCAGCUCCCCCACCCCCAGAAAACUUGUUGGGGAAGUGAGGGGACAGGAGAAGAAGGACAUACACGUGAAAAGUAGCAUGAUUUUGUUAACUGGAGCCAAAGUACAAUCAUUAGAGUAGAAUGAAUUUAACAGAAGCCUGAAGAGAAAGGGUAUAUAUUUUGUAUAGUUUGGUAACUGAAGGAAAACAACAGGGGAGCUCCCUGUCUGCAAAGCUUCUGGUUCCUCCCCACAGGAAAGAGGUAGUAGUUCUAGUUCAAGAAUUCUCCCUAACAGGUUGGAGGUAACAAGGACUCCCAGAACAGGUCUGGCGAAUGCGCUUUCGGUUGCCCUGUGGGCAAGUGUGGUGAGGCAUGAAGGCCUAGGGACCCCUUUCUCCUACCUGUUUUGAAAGAGAUAUUUGUGUUCGAGAAGAGAAGAAAGAACAGACAAUAGUCCACUUCCCUAAUUACGGUGGUCCUUGACAUCAAAACUUAGAGAGGAAUUCGUGAAAGUGAACUUCUGGUUGAACUGGGGAAAAUCAGUGUUGGGUAAAUUCACACAUUUCUUGCUUGGCUUAUAGUCACUGCAUAGGUUUGGGGGGGUGGUUUUCU